CCCCUUCAGAAAAAGCCAGGCUAUAUAACCUGAGCCUUCUUCUCCAGGCAACCUCAAAAAGGAGGAGGAGGAGGAGGAGAGGGGGGAAUAAAAAUAAAUAAUCAGAGCUUUCCAGGAGCAACAGGGUGAUGCGACCAUCACUGCGAAGGACGCGCUGAGGAAGGAAAGGCGGAAGGAAGGAAGGCCCGGCAUGACCAAGUCCUUCAGCGAGGGCGGGCUCCAGGUGGGAGAGCCGCAGCCUCUGCCUCCCCAGGGCCCCCCUAGUUGGUCCGGCGACUGCCUGAGCCCCCCGGAGGAGGAGGAGGAGGAGGAAGAGGAGGAGGAAGAGGAGGCCGACAAGAAGGAGGAGGACCUGGAGGCCGAGGUGGACUCGCUGCGGACGGGCGGCGAGGAAGAGGAGGACGACGAGGAGCUGGACGACGACGAGGAGGAGGAAGAAGAAGCGUUGGGCGAGGAGGAGGAGGAGGAGGAAGAGGGCGAGGAGGGCCCCAAGCCUAAGCGCCGGGGCCCCAAGAAGAAGAAGCUGACCAAAGCGCGGCUGGAGCGCUUCCGCCUGCGCCGCAUGAAGGCCAACGCGCGGGAGCGGAACCGCAUGCACGGGCUCAACGCGGCGCUGGACAACCUGCGCAAGGUGGUGCCCUGCUACUCCAAGACGCAGAAGCUGUCCAAGAUCGAGACGCUGCGCCUGGCCAAGAACUACAUCUGGGCGCUGUCGGAGAUCCUGCGCUCCGGCCAGAGCCCCGACCUGGUGGCCUUCGUGCAGAGCCUGUGCAAGGGCCUCUCGCAGCCCACCACCAACCUGGUGGCCGGCUGCCUCCAGCUCAACCCGCGCACCUUCCUGCCCGAGCAGGGGGUCGCCGAGCAGGCCCACCUCCUGCCCCCGCCGCCGCCCUUCGCCUACCAGUCCCCGGGCCUGCCCAGCCCGCCCUACGGCACCAUGGACGGCGCCCACCUCUUCUCCCUCAAGGCGCCCCACGCCGCCGCCUACAGCGCCGCCCCUCCCGCCGCCGCCUCCUCCUCCGCCCUGGAGCCCUCCUUCUUCGAGAGCGCCCUGGACUCCGCCGUGGCCGCCGCCUUCGACGGGCCCCUCAGCCCCCCGCUCAGCGUCCACGGAGGGAACUUCGCCUUCAAGCACGAGGCCGCCGCCGCCGCCGCUGCCGCCACCGCCACUGACUUCGAGAAGGGCGCCUACGCCUUCGCCAUGCACUACCCGGCCUCCGCAGCCGGACACGGGGCCCUCUUCUCCUGCGCCGCCGCCCGCUGCGACAUCCCCCUCGAGGGCCUCCUGCCCUACGACAGCCACCCCGCGCACCACCACCAGCACCAUCAUCACCACGAGCGGGCCAUGAGCGCCCAGCUCAACGCCAUCUUCCACGAAUGAGGGAGGCCCUCACCCUCCAGGGCAACUCCCAGCCCCGGGAGAGCUGUACCCACCACCCAGCCCAAGGGCAUCUUCUAGGACUGAGAGAUGCCACUCCUGGGAGCCCCAAGAAGGAGAUCCAUUAGGGGGAGCUUCCCCUGCGAGCCAUCAUAGGAGGUUCAUCAGCUCCCAGCUCAACAUCUUCUACUACUGAAGGAGCCCCUCACCCUCCAGGACACCUCCCAGCCCUGGGAGAGCUGUACCCACCACCCAGCCCAAGGGCAUCUUCUAGGACUGAGAGAUGCCACUCCUGGGAGUCCCAAGAAGGAGAUCCAUUAGGCGGAGCAUCCCCCAGAGAGCCAUCAUAAGAGGUUCAUCAGCGCCCAGCUCAACAUCUUCUACUACUGAAGGAGCCCCUCACCCUCCAGGACACCUCCCAGCCCUGGGAGAGCUGUACCCACCACCCAGCCCAAGGGCAUCUUCUAGGACUGAGAGAUGCCACUCCUGGGAGCCCCAAGAAGGAGAUCCAUUAGGUGAAGCAUCUCCCAGAAAGCCAUCACAAGAGGUUCAUCAGCACCCAGGUUAAUGCCAUCUUCCAUGACUGAGGAAGCCCCUCACUCUUUAGGGCAAAUCCCAGCCCUGAGAGGACUGUACUCACCACCCAAACCAAGGGCAUCUUCUAGGAGUGAGAGAUGCCACUCCUGGUAGCCGCAAGAAGAAGAUCCAUCAGGUGAAGCAUCCUCUGGGAAGAGUUAUCAUAAGAGGUUCAUGAAUACCCAGGUCAACACCAUCUUCCAUGACUGAAGGGGCCCCUCACCCUCCAGGGCAACUCCCAGCCCUGGGAAAGUUGUACCCACCACCCAGCCCAACGGCAUCUUCUAGGACUGAGAGAUGCCACUCCUGGGAGUCCCAAGAAGGAGAUCCAUUAGGUGUAGCAUCCCCAGGACAGCCUCCUGCCCCAGGAGAGCCAUCCUAGGAGAUUCAUGAGUGCCCAGCUCCAGGUUAUCUUCUAGGACUGAGAGAUGCUACUCCUGGGAGCCUCAAGAAGAAUAUCCAUUCGGUGGGGGUAUUCCCAGGACAACCUCCAGCCCCAGGAGAGCCAUCAUAAGAGGUUCAUGAGCACCCAGCUCAAUGUCCUCUUCCACAACUGAGGGAGGCUAUCACCCUCCAGGGCAACCCCCAGCCCUGGGAGAGCUGGGAGAGCCCAAGGUCAUCUUCUAGGACUGAGAUAUGCCACUCCUGGGAGCCUCAAGAAGGAGAUCCAUUAGAUCAGUGGUUCUCAACCUGGGGUCCCUAGAUGUUUUUGGCCUACAACUCCCACAUAUCCCAGCCAGUUUACCAGCUGUUAGAAUUUCUGGGAGUUGAAGGCCAAAAACAUCUGGGAACCCCCAUUAGGUGGAGCACCCCCGGGACAACCUCCUGCCCCAGGAGAACAACCCUAAGAGGUUCAUGAGUGCCCAGCUCCAUGCCAUCUUCCACAACUGAAAGACCUCCCAGCUUGGAUGCCACAGGAAAGACAUAUUGACACAUGCCACUCCUAGGAGCCUCCAGCAAGUUUUUUUCAUGUCAGGGAUGACUUGAGAAACUGGAAGUCACUUCUGGUGUGAGAGAAUUGGCCGUCUGCAAGGACAUUGCCCAUGAGAAGCCUGGGUGUUUGAUGUUUUUGCCAUCCUUGGAGAGGCUUCUCUCAUGUCCUCGCAUAAGGAACUGGAGGAGCUCACCUGUUCUCCUGCAAGUGGGGCACUUGGAGGACCUUCUCCUGCUCUCCCAGAACCACCAGGCCCAGCAGGAGUGUGUCCUGAGCACCCACCAGCAUCUGCAGGAUAUUAUCCUGCCCACCAUGAGAAAGUCCUGAGUGCACAGCUCCAGGUUAUCUUCCAGGAUUGAAAGAUGCUACUCCUGGGAGUCUCAAGAAUGAGGCAUCUCCACAACAACCUCCUGCCCCAAAAGAGCUGCCACGAGAGGUGCAUGAGUGCCCAGCUCCAUGCCAUCUUCUAGGACUGAGAGAUGCCGUCCUUGAGAGCCUCAAGAAGUUUGGGCCUCACCAAAAUACAAAGUCCAGAAUUCUGCAUGAGGCAAAAAUCAGAUUUAAAGUGGAUCCAUGCUCUGGCGUGAUGAGGUAUCGUAUGGACUCAGAAAACUCAGUUCAAAGCAGAUAUUGUGGGAUUUUCUGCCUUGAUAUUCUGGGUUAUGUGGCUGUAUUGAAGGGCCCAGAGAGACCUCCCCAACCUGGAUGCCACGGGAAAGACAUUAAACAUCCAGUGUUAUGCCAUCUUCCAGGACUGAGACAUACCACUCCUAGCAGCCCCUAGCAAGUGGGGCAUCUCAGGGUCAUUCUCCUGCUCUCCCAGAGCCACCAGGCCCAGCAGGAGAGUGUCCUGAGCACCCAUCAGUGUUCCCAGGACAGCCUCCUGCUCACCAUGAGAAAGCCCUGAGUGCACAGCUCCAGCCCACCUUCCAGGACUGAGAGAUACCACUCCUAGGAGCCUCCAACAAGUGGGCAUUCAGGGGACCUUCUCCUGCUCUCCCAGAACCACCAGACCUAGCAGGAGAGCGUCCUGAGUGCCCAUCAGCAUCCUCAGGACAACCUCUGUCCACCAUGAGGAAAUCCUUAGUGCAGAGCUCCAGACCAACUUCCAGGACUGAGAGAUGCUACUCCUGGCAGCCUCAAGAAGGAGAUCCAUUCCAGAGACAAUCUUCUGCCCCCACCAGGCCUAUACGAGGGAGUCGUGAGUGCCCAGCUCAAUGCCAGUUUCCACAACUGAGAGGCACUGUGUCCAGAUACCAUGGGAGGGAGCCAUUGAGGACCCAAUCAUCAGGGUGUUUUGGGGGCAAUCUCCUCCUGCCGAUGACAAUUCCCUGUCCUAUGAGAUCUGCAUUCACCAUCCAGCCCAAGGCCACCUCUCCCAAGUAAGAGGUGGCUCAGGAGGGAGCCAAAGGAGGCCCAUUUGAUGCCCCAAGGACAACCUCUUGUUAAGCCUGCCACAAGAGGAUCAUGAGUGCCCAGCUCCAGGCCAUCUUCCAUGACUGAAAGAUGCCACCUUCUGAGAGCCUCAAGAAGGAGAUCCAUUUGGUGGGGCAUCCUGAGGAUAACCUCCUGCCGCAGGAGAGCCAUCAUGCUCACCAUGAGAGGUACAUGAGCACCAGCUCCAUGCCAUCUUCCAGGAUUAAGAGACCUCCCCAAGCUGGAUGCCAGAGGAAUGACACCCAGGGACAACAUGCUGUCAUAUGCCCAUCUCCAUGCCAUCUUCUAGGACUGGGGGAAAAAACAACCCAGGCCUUGGAGUCAUCGCUCUGUAAUCUCUUCAAAGACUUUUAGGGGGAAGUAGCCUUCACCUCCCCCCCUUCUUGUAAUCUCCCAUUUCCCCCUUUCCUGGUUCCAACUCUAAAACCUGCAGAAAAAGAUUCAGCUCCACUCCCUUGAUUUGAUCGGGACAACAAAAAAUUGCAAGCAAUAAUUUGGAUCUAUGCAAUUCUUUUUUUAAAAAAAAUAAUUAAAAGAAGGAAGAAACAGUCACAGGCCAGUUUCAAAAUUAAUAAGAAUGGUAAUAAUAAUAAUGAGAGAGAGAGAAAAGAAGUAUAUAUCAAAUUUCUAUUUUUCAAUCAGCCGCUGUUUUCCUCCUACUUGCUACCUUUCCCAUGGUGAGUUUAUUUUGUGGUGAGUUUUUUUGUACAGAUUUUUUUAAAGACACUCUUUUGAUAAAAGACUAUUUUAAACCAUG